AUGCCUCUCCUCGGCAAGGGAAAUAAGUUCAAGGUCAACCAGCCCAAGAUCCGCAUCGAUAAGGUCGUCGUCGAGCGCCCUCCGCCGCCCAAGCCUAAGCAGCCCCGUCCCGCCGCCUCCUCCUCGUCUGCCCGGUCCUCCCCCGCCGCCGGCCACCGACCCUCGCCGAAACCCCCCUCUGCCGCCGCCCGGCAUAAGAGCCACUCGCCGUACCCCUCAUCCUCGGACGAGAAGCGCCUCGAGCGCAAGCGCAAGGCCGGACGCGAUGGCGCCGCCCUGUCCCGACCCUCGCCCGCGAGCGACCGCGUAGCCUUCGACAAGGACAGCGACAACGAGGAUGACGGGUGGAUGAACCUCGACGGGCGCAAGCGGCAGCGCAGGGGCACCGUUGACGGGCGCUUUGUCGACCCGAACCGCAAGCUGCGCAAUGCACGGGCCUUUGAGGGCCGCAACGACAAACUCAAGUUCAUCCACGCUACCGAGGUGGCGUCACUCGAGUCCAAGUGUGUGCCCGUCAUGGGCGCGCAGAAAGAAGACGUGGCAAUAGAGCUGCAGUACCCGAGUCUGCAGCCGCGAGAAAGAUUCGAGCUGGUCUGGGGCAAGGACAAAAUCGACGCCGUCGAGGCGAGCAUACGCAUAGUCCGCCACGUCGCCGAGACGUACCUGACUGACGAAGAAGCCGAACCCUUCACCAACCAGAACACGGGCCUGAUUCGCCGGCUUGAGAAGGCAUCGAACCGCAAUAUUCAGGAUCUCGCUGGGUUCAAGUCGGCGCUACACGAGUACAACGAGACGCUCCUCGGCCUUGUCGAAGACGGCGUCAUCGCCAAGAACCUCGACAACAUGCACGAGAUCCCGCGCAACCUCGUCGCCUUCAUCCUCGACCAGGUGUACGACCGCACCGUCGCCCCCAAGGUCGAGCUCCUGUCCAAGUACGAGAACGGCACCGACUACGUGUACGGCGAGCUCCUGCAUCCUUUCAUCUCCAAGCUGCUCGUCGAGCAGACCAAGAUGACGUCCGACCAGGUCUUCGUGGACCUGGGGUCCGGCGUGGGCAACGUCUGCCUGCAGGCGGCGCUGGAAAUUGGAUGCGAAAGCUGGGGCUGCGAGAUGAUGGAGAACGCCUGCAACCUGGCCGACGCGCAGGUCAAGGAGUUCACCUCGCGAUGCAUCCUCUGGGGCGUGCGUCCGGGCAAGGUUCACCUCGAGCGCGGCGACUUUCGCAAGAACGCCGUCAUCCAUGACGCGCUCAAGCGCGCUGACGUGGUGCUGGUGAACAACAAAGCUUUCACGUCGCAGCUCAACGACGACUUGGUGCGCAUGUUCCUCGACCUGAAGCCCGGCUGCAAGAUCAUCUCCCUGCGCUCCUUUGUGGCCGAGUUCAAAAGCAGCCACAACGUCAACGACGUCGGGAGCACCAUCCUCGAUGUCGAAGAGUGUACGUACCCUGAGGGAUACGUGAGCUGGACCAAUGCUGGCGGCCCAUACUUUAUCUCAACACGCAAGUAA